GUUAAUGGCGUCUGCUAAAUUACAAAAAAUAAAGAUGGACCACUAGAGGGCGCAUGAGGCUGUUGGAUGAGGGACUAAGUUUUGACAUCCAGUACAGCAGGUGGCAGUAACGCACCUUUCUCUGUCAUGUCAAGCUGGCAGAAGGAUAUAUCUACUGUACUGUCGUUGACAUAUCUGUGUGUUCAAUUUCAUCCGUUUUUUUGUUGAAAGUUUAACAUAGCGGUUCAUAAUUAACUACCAAAUACAAGAUGUGGCAGCCCGAUCCUUUCCACAAUGAUUUGGUCUCUAUUAUGGAUGAAUUAAUCAUGUCGUUGGAAGAGGAAAUUUGCAAAUGUAUGGCGUUGUCGGUCUCCUCAACACAAUACAGCACAGACAUUGAUGCAGGAGAGACAGGGGAAAUUGAAAGAAAAUCCAAGUUGCUAAAAGUCGAGUUGACAUGUGUGAUGAGAAAGUUCGUGAAACAGACUCUCGCCAAAAUCAACCAGUUGAUCUCUAAAGGCACUGAAGCACUGCAUUCAGAGAUAUGCCAGAGUCAAAGUGAGAUGAAAUCUCUGAAAAUGAAGCUAUUGGAGAUGACUGUUGGUAAGGAAGUACCUGAAAGUACAGUGGAAAGAACCUCACAGACAGAGGAAGAUGAGGAAUGUACAGAAGCAUCAUUAUCACCAGAGUUUGCAGAGGAUUUUCAGGUUGACGUGCCAACUCCCAGUGGUGAGGCUGACAACACUACAAAUGUCAAGAAGGAGACCACGAUCAGAGCUAAAACCAUAGCGUUGGAACAGUCAUUUACAUCUCUAGCUAAAAUACCUUCCUCCUCACUCAUUGAGUCUAUCAAACAGGUGGCUAUUACAGACAAACAGGCAGCAAGCAGGCCUACAGACAAACAGUCAGCAAGCAGGCCUACAGACAAACAGGCAGCAAGCAGGCCUACAGACAAAAAUCCAGCAAGCAGGUCUACAGACAAUCAGGCCCCAAGUACAGACCCCCAAACUCCCAGUGGGGACUCUGUGGUGUCCACCAGACCCAGAAGGAAGAAGAGAAUAGAAGCACAACCCACAACGGCAGAAUCAGACGGAAGUGAGGAAAACGCUGAUGACCAAUGGGAGGAGAAUGCUAAAGCUGGACAAACCUCGAAUGACGAAUAUGUUCACAACAUAAAGCCAAGGCCCAACAUAAAGAAAAAACAGACGACCACCACCAGGAAAGAGCACCACUGUCUGGACUGCGGUAAGAUUUUUAAGAAUUCAAGUAAUUUAAAACUGCAUCAACAGACUCACACAGGAGAGAGACCUUAUUGUUGUGAAUUAUGCGGGAAAUGUUUCCCGACUGCUUGGAAGCUCAGAAUACACCAAGCAGUGGUCCACAGAAGAGAGAAGCCGCUUGAGUGUCCAACAUGUGGGAAGUGCUUUGCAACAAAGAGUUAUUUGGACACUCACGCAAGCGUUCAUUCAACAGAGAAACCGUUCCAAUGCCUCGUGUGUCAGAAGUCUUUUAAAAGUAAAAAGGGCUUCAAGGAACACACAAUGUUGCACAAUUCAAAUUCAGAUUCAUAUGCGUGUGACAAAUGUCCAAAAACCUUUGUUAAGUUGAAAUACCUCAAGAAUCACCAGCUAACUCACAGUGGGGGAGGAGCUCAUCGUUGUGAAUUGUGUGGGAAAGGUUUCAAGACUCCUUCUCAGCUCAAACAACACCAAGCAUCAGUCCAUAGGGGAGAGAAGCCAUUCCAAUGUCCCACAUGUGGGAAAUGCUUUGCAACAAAGACAAAUUUGAAAAUUCACACAAGUGUUCAUUCAGGAGAGAGAGCAUUCCAGUGCCCUCAAUGUCAGAUGUGUUUCAAAACCAAGUAUACUCUUAAUGCCCAUAAGAAGACACACACGGACUCCAAGCCAUAUGCUUGCGACAAAUGCCCAAUGACCUUUAUCCGGUCACAUUACCUCAGAAGGCAUGAAAUCUCGCACCUGACCAGCAAGCCAUUCGUGUGCAGCCACUGUGGGAAAGGCUUCAAAGGUGAACGUGGGCUCAAGGGACACGAACGCACCCACACCGAAGACCCAACUUAUACCUGUGACGAAUGUGGCAAGGGUUUCUAUCAACACGAAUCGUUUCAAGUCCAUGCGGCUUUGCACACCGGAGAGAAGCCGUUCACCUGUGAUUGCUGCAGUAAAAACUUUGCUCUGGCAUCCUACCUUAAAACCCACAUCGCAAAUCAUCACUCUGUCACCAAACCCCACGUCUGUGGGAAAUGUGGCAGGAAAUAUAAGGAUUUCACCCAUUUCAGAAUCCAUAUGUUUCAGGGUUGUCAAGAGGAGGCUGCAGCGUUGGUUUGACUACUUAUUGUUAUAAGUUGUAAUAUGUUAUGUUUUCACGACAAACAUGCAUGUUUCCUUGCACAAUAGAUUGUUUUUUAUGUCUACAGAACUGGCCAGUAAUAACCUUACCAGGGGAUCUAUAACCCUCGCUUAAAUUGCACCUCUGGUUGGAUGCAGGUUAAAGGCACAACCUGUAACUUUCAUUCUGACAAUGCUUUGUCAUUCAUUGUUAUUUUGGAAUUGUGAUUAAAGUUGUAAUGUUCUUGUUUCACUAAAAA